AUGAAGCGGUUCUCCAGCCAAAUCUGUGCCAUCGUACUUCUCUGUGGCCUUGGAGCUGAGUUGGUGUUCGCCCUCACAGAAGAUGAAUGCACAGUGACCCCAGAUCAAGUGCCAGUUUGCUGUAAGGAGCCAAAAGCGAAAGAAGAAGUCAAGGAAGAUAAGACCCGUGAAGAGUUGGGAAAGAAAUGUGUAGAGAACAAUGCCAAGGGAAAAAAAGCUAAUACUGAUGAAGAAGAAUUUCAAAUUGCUGAGUGUGUUGAUGAAUGCAUCUUUAGGGACGUUUUCGGCUAUGUGAACAAGAAAACAAACAAGCUCGACGAAACUGCCAUUGUGAACACUUUUACCAAGCGUUUCGACGGUAACAGCAAAUGGAAGGAAGCCACACAGAAAGUAGCCAAAUCCUGCCUUGGAGAGAGCGGUAAAGAUAUAAAAGCCUCAUCCAAGUGCAAGAGCGGUGCUCUUCAGUUCCUCAGAUGUUACACAAGAGGAGUCUUUUUGAACUGCCCUGCUGAAUCAUGGGAAAACACUGAUGCCUGCAACAAACUCAAAGUUCUGGUUCAAAAAUGCCCUAAUGUCUACACCAUUCUGCAAAACUGAAGAGACUUGUCUAAUUAUUUCAAAUUGCAAUAAAAUAAAUUAGUAUUACAUUAA